GUUAGAAGCAACAUGGCUGGGCACACUGCGCGGUACAUAUUGAAAAUGGGAAACGUCUCGGAGAUGUCGAGAUGACGUGUCCAAUGGGAGGAAAUGUCAACGAAUGACUGGGCAAGAAUAGAAGAAAAAUAGGGAGAUACGGUUGUGAACUAAAUCACUGUUAGACAGCGUUUUUCUCAAAAAUUGUUAUAAUUGAAUAUCCUAAAUUUGAAAUAAUAUCCUAAAGUGAAUUCGACCUGAAUUGCAAUAAUACUUUACAGGCACAACAGGCUAAAAGUGGGGUUAAAAUCUACAUUGGAUUAAAAAGCUAGAUUCCUACGUAAGUAAAAUUGGUUAAAAACAUGCAAACGAUUUAUAACAAAAAUAAUCUAAUAGGCAGAGCCGGUGUCAACAAAAAUAGAAUUGCCUGUGCCAUUCGAAAGAGGUUUUCGGAUUGGAAGACUAAUAAUUGUAAGUAAAUCUGAUUGUGGGAAUUCGAAACGUUUAAUAAAUUAAAAAUCUAUUUUUAGCUUUGAUCGACCGUAAAACAACGACGAUUUCAAGGACUUAUUAAAAUAUAAUCCGAACAACAUCAAAGAAUUAUUACCCUCAAAAGAUGGCACACAACGGCAGAGACUGCAUGAUGUGUGAAGAUCCGAAUGAUGUCUCGGAUAUGGUCCAAUGCGAUAAAUGUCAGCUGUGGGCUCAUUACACAUGUGUUGGGGUCACAGAGUCCAUUCGAGAACAGGAUUGGAAUUGUAAAAACUGUGCACGUGAGCUGCAAGUUCCGAAUACGAAGAAGAAAACCAAAAGAACUGGUGCGGCGAAAGCAAAAAGUGAUGGUGGAUCCGUACACGGAGAAGAUGACUCAUUGAGUGCAUCCUUACGAAAACUCGAACAAGAGCGGCGAGCAAUGGAAAAGAAGCUAGAAGAGGAAUUAAUCUUGCAGGAGAAGAGAUUGAUUAUGGAGGCGGAAUUAAAAGCAAAACGUCGACAAAGAGAGUUGGAGAUUCAAGAGAAAGUUUUGGCACAAGAACGGGAAUUGAAAAAACGUCAGUUGGCAGAGGAACGUAAAAUGAUGGAACGGCAUCUGGCAGAAGAACGUGCUUACUCGGAAGAACGUAGGCAGUUGCACGAAGCGUUCCAGCGUCAGAGGAACUUGGUAGCGAAAGAAUUCACAAAUCAGGAUACAACCGUGGGAGAAUCCAGCAAGGCUGAAAAGGAGAUGUCCUUUGACAACAAGAUACAAUUCUGGAUGAACAAGCAGGAUCCAAGGACCAAAAAGCCAUUGGAGACUGUCGGUGUACAAAAAAGACUUUCAGGAGUUCCUGCCGAUGAAGACUAUGAAGAAACCGAUGACGAUGAUGAAGAGGAAGUCGACUCGUGUGAAGAAGAAGAAGAAGCCACCGAGGACUCGGAAGAAGAGCGUGAAGAAGUUGUUAAGCCUAAAGGACGAGUAUUGGAACACAGUAGGAAGAAAGAUCGGAAGAAUGGAAACCCACAACAACCUGAAACAUUGUCUUCAGCUCAAAUCGCUGCGCGUCAGGCGAUAUCGAAACACUUGCCGGUGUUUAGAGGCGAACCAGAAGUUUGGCCAAUCUUCAUCAGCAGUUAUGAGUUCACGACGAAGGCCUGUGGAUUUUCCAACCUUGAUAAUCUUAAACGACUACAGGAUAGCUUGCAAGGGAACGCUUUGGAAGCCGUGCGAAGCAGGUUGGUCCUUCCAAAUUCCGUACCAGACGUCAUUGAAGAUCUUCGCCGUUUAUUUGGAAAGCCGGAGAAGCUCCUGAAAACUUUGCUAUCCAAGGUUCGUAACUCCACGGCUCCCAGAGCCGACCGCCUCGAGACCUUUAUCCAGUUUGGGCUUACCGUUAAACAACUUUGCGAUCACCUGGAGGCCGCAAAACUCAAAGAGCAUCUUAGCAACCCGAUGCUAGUCCAGGAACUAGUCGAUAAGCUGCCACCGGACUACAAGCUCGACUGGGUGCGGUUUAAGAGAGGAAAGAAGGGAACGCCACUUCGAAUGUUCACCAACUUCAUGAACGAUAUCGUUUCGGAUAUAUCUGAGGUGUCGGAGUUCUCGUCUAUCGAGUUGGGAGAAUCGUCGUCGUCAAGCUUGUUCAACAAAGGAAAACCUCGGCGCAAAGAGUUUAUCCACGUCCAUGAAGCUGUUCACAAUCAAAACGAAUACCAUCUGGGGGCGAUCGGCGAAGCGAAAGAAAUGAAGCCAUGCUGGGUGUGUAAGCGGACUGACCACAAACUAAGAUUCUGCGAUGACUUCAAAAAGUUGAAGGUGGCUGAACGUUUGAAGGUAGUGGAUCAGAACAAACUCUGUAUGCUUUGUCUGAACAAUCACGGGAAGAGCCCGUGUAACUUUAAGGUCCGUUGCGCUAUCCAAGGCUGCCAAGGAGGACAUCAUACGUUAUUGCAUCGAGCCGAAGCUGCCGUCCAACACUCGAAGGUGGAGUGUAACGCACACAGCCAGCGGCAUCGAACUGUCAUCUUUCGCAUGAUUCCAGUUACUAUCCACUACGAGAAUCGUGCAUUUGAUACGUUGGCCUUUUUCGAUGAAGGUUCGUCGUCAACACUUGUCGAGGAGUCGGUGGCAAACUUCCUAGGCGCCGACGGAUGUGUCGAACCGUUGGUAGUCACAUGGACUGGAAAUGUUAAACGAUACGAAAAUACAUCGCGAAAAGUGGACCUUAUGUUAUCUGCUAGAGGAUCACAUGAAACAGUUCCGCUGUUAAAUGCCCACACAGUUGGGGAACUAAAACUGCCACAGCAAAGUCUGCUGGGGGAUGAAAUUGCAGAUAAAUACCCUCAUUUUCAAGACGUGUCUGUUGAAAGCUACCCAUGGUCCGAACCCGGUAUAAUCGUUGGCCUAGACAAUUUACAUUCCUUUGCUCCACUGGAAUCGCGUGUUGGUCAGCCUGGAGAACCCAUCGCAGUGCGGACUAAACUAGGAUGGAUGGUAUAUGGACCCGAACGCCAUAUCCCUGCUGCAGAAAUUCGUUUGAACUUCCACUCGCACGAACCUAUCAGCAACGAAAGCCUUCACGAUCUUCUUCGAAUUCAAUACGUUUUGGAUGAUACUAACCCUAGCUCCAUCGGCUCGUUGGAGUCAUCCGAAGAUCAAAGAGCGCGCCAAAUCCUUCAAUCAACCACGAUCAGAAAAGGAGAUAGGUUUGAAACCGGACUCUUGUGGCGAGACGACGUGCGCCGAUUUCCGGAUAGCUUUCCGAUGGCGAUACGGAGAUUGAAGGCGUUGGAAAGAAAGUUGGACAGCAAUCCAGAACUAUUUCGCAAUGUUCAUCAGCAGGUUAGAGACUACGUUGCAAAAGGGUACGCACAUAAAGCCACGGAAGAAGACCUUUCGGAAUCAAACCGAGGGAAGAUAUGGUACCUCCCGUUGAAUGUAGUGCUGAAUCCCAGAAAACCUGGCAAGGUUCGCCUUGUGUGGGAUGCAGCAGCGACCGUUAAUGGGAUUUCUUUGAAUAGUGAACUUCUGUCUGGUCCGGACCUGCUGCAAUCUCUUCCGGCGGUUAUCAAUAGCUUCCGUGAGCGUAGAAUUGCUUUCGGAGCUGAUAUACAAGAAAUGUAUCAUCAGAUACGCAUUCGCUCCGAGGACAAAUCAGCCCAAAGGUUUCUCUUUCGUUCAAAGCCUACUGACGAACCAGAAGUCUAUGUUAUGGAUGUGGCCACCUUUGGGGCAACAUGCUCCCCGUGCUCCGCUCAAUUCAUCAAAAACCUGAACGCAGCUGAAUACGCGGAAGAAUUCCCAGAGGCUGCUGUGGCCAUAGUUAAAAAUCAUUAUGUAGACGAUUACUAUGACAGUGCGGACUCUAUUGACGAAGCUGUAAAAAUUGCCAGCGAUGUGAAAUUUGUCCAUUCACGUGGAGGUUUCCACAUAAGGAACUGGGUAUCCAACUCCCCCGAGUUCCUACAAGUUAUGGGCGGUUCUUCUGAUAAUCCCAAUAUUCACUUCAAUCGAGAUAAAAGCACAUUGUUCGAGAGAGUAUUGGGAAUCAUCUGGAAUCCGAUGGAAGACGUUUUCUGCUUCUCAACUACUGUGCGAGAGGAUUAUCAACCAGUGCUGCAGGGAAUUGAGCGACCGACGAAAAGAAUAGUGCUCAGUUGCGUGAUGUCUAUGUUUGAUCCUCAAGGACUGCUCUCACCAUUCACGGUAUUUGGAAGGAUGCUGAUUCAAGAUUUAUGGAGGACUGGCUGUGACUGGGACGACGCCUUGGACAACGAUUCGAAUGAAAAAUGGUUACGUUGGACAAAUGCUCUGCCUCUAAUUGCCAAGAUAAAGAUUCAACGCAGCUAUUUCGGAGACGCUAAGUUCGAAGAAAUCGAGAACAUUCAACUUCAUAUACUGACGGACGCGAGUAAAGGAGCCUUUGGAUGUGUUGCAUAUUUUCGUGCAAUAAUCCGAGGAAAAGUCCGGUGUGCUUUAGUAGCAAGCCGUGUGAAAGUAGCUCCUCUGAAGCCCACUUCGGUACCACGUUUGGAACUUCAAGCUGCAGUCUUGGGCGCUAGAUUGGCAAGUACAGUGCGACAGAAUCACUCAUUCAGUAUAUCUCAGCAAUUCUUCUGGACGGAUUCGACCACUGUGCUCUCAUGGAUCAGGUCGGAUCAACGACGCUAUAAGGAAUACGUAGCACUUCGUGUCGGCGAAAUACUGACUCUCAGCAGGCUGUCCGAUUGGAAAUGGAUUCCCACGAAGUUGAAUGUUGCGGAUCAGCUGACAAAAUGGACUCGUGAACCGGAAUUUGGUUCCGAUGCUGUCUGGUUCAAAGGUCCCGAGUUCUUACAUCGUGGAGAAGAAGAAUGGCCAAAGCAAAGGGUUCAACAAACUGCAACGAUGGAAGAGUUGAAAGCGCAUCUUUUGGUUCACAGUGUAACGUUACCGGAAACCGUGAUUGAUUUCUAUCGUAUAUCAAAAUGGACAGUCCUAGUACGAACAGUAGCGACUGUUUACCGAUUCAUUUCCAACUGUAAACGGAAGGUAAGUGGAUUGCCUAUUGAAACGCUCAAGCCUACCAUUAGGCAGGCGCAAGGUUUGAAACAUAAUGAUUAUCCUGCUACGAGGACUCCAUUGAAACAGAGUGAAUUUGCAAAGGCUGAGCGUGCGCUGUUUAAGAUAGCGCAGAAAGAUGCAUUUGAAGCAGAGCUAAAAAUCUUGUUGAAAAACGUCGGUGUAUCUAAGGACAACUGGUUACAGAUUGAAAAGUCGAGCACCUUAUACAAGUUGACACCUUUAGUGGAUGACCACGGAAUCAUUCGCCUGGAAGGUCGUUCAGAACGUGCAGAAUUUCUUCCCUUUGAUUUACGCUUCCCUGUUAUCCUCCCAAAAGAUCAUGGUAUUACAGAAAAAAUAGUUCAGCAUUACCAUGAGAAAUUUGGCCACAGCUAUCGCGAAACUGUGAAAAACGAAAUACGACAACGAUUUUUGAUACCCAAGGUCGGAGUGAUCAUCACAAAGAUUGCCAGGUCAUGUGUGUGGUGCAAAGUCAAUCGUAAUCAACCACAGACUCCUAGAAUGGCGGCUCUACCUAUCCAACGUUUAACUCCGCACCUACGUCCUUUUAGUUUCGUUGGGGUUGACUACCUUGGCCCUGUCACGGUUACAGUUGGUCGACGCUGCGAAAAACGGUGGAUAGUUGUUUUCACCUGUUUAGUAGUUCGAGCGAUUCAUUUAGAGGUAGCUCAUUCUCUGACGACGCAAUCAUGCCUUAUGGCCAUUCGCCGCUUUAUCUGUCGACGUGGUCCACCUCUAGAAAUCUUUUCGGACAAUGGAACGAAUCUGAAAGGAGCAAGUAAAGAGCUACUAGCCAACGUUCGAGCAAUUGAUGAGGAGUGUGCUAACGAAGUGACCUCUGCUUGUACCAAAUGGAGUUUUAACCCUCCUGCUACUCCCCACAUGGGGGGAGUAUGGGAGCGGCUCGUGAGAUCGGUAAAGGAGCUGCUGGUUGUACUAGAUGACGGGCAAAAACUGAACGACGAGAUUUUAUCAACAUCUAUUGCCGAAGCUGAAGAUAUUAUAAAUUCAAGACCUCUCGUCUAUGAACCAAUGGAGUCCGAUGAAGGCAUGGCGCUAACUCCGAAUAGCUUUCUUCGUGGGGUAUCAUCGAACGAACUAUGGCGACCGCAGGAAGUAAAUCACUCAGCGAAGGCUCUGAGGGAUUCGUAUCAUCGUUCACAGCAAUUGACCGAAGAAAUUUGGAAAAAAUGGAUCCGUGAAUACAUUCCGUCCGUGAAUAUUCGUACCAAGUGGUUUGCGGAUAGCAAGAACCUGAAAGUAGGAGACUUAGUAUACGUGGUGGAAGGAGCGAAACGGAAGUGUUGGGUACGAGGCCUAGUUGAAGAAGUGAUCGUUUCCAGCGAUGGCAGAGUUCGACAAGCGUGGGUUCGAACGAAUAGCGGUUUAUGUAAGCGAGCUGCAGUGAACUUAGCCAUGUUGGAGGUAACCGAUAGUGACACUGAACCGGAACUGGCCCCCGGUACAGGAUCACGGGUGGGGGCAUGUUAGAAGCAACAUGGCUGGGCACACUGCG